UAUUUAUGAUAUAUCCAUGCAUAAUUUGACUCAGCCUAUAUAUCGAUCAUGUUAUCUGGGGCAUGGAUUCUCAAUGCAAAAAUAAUGUACCUGAUAAUAAUUUUGAUAAUAAUAUUCAUGCAAACAUGCUUAUAUCAGGUCAAUUCCAAUUUGGAUUCUGAUGAGGUUGGGACAUUACCCGGCCAACCCCCCGUUGGUUUCAAGCAAUUUGCAGGGUAUAUCACCGUGGACGGAUCCAAACAGAGAUCCUUGUUUUAUUACUUUGUUGAAGCUGAAUCAAAUCCGUCUUCCAAACCACUUGUUCUUUGGUUUAAUGGAGGGCCGGGUUGCUCGUCUGUUGGAGCAGGGGCAUUUGUUGAACAUGGGCCUUUUAAACCAAGUGGUAGUAGUGUUUUGUUGAAAAAUGAUUAUAGUUGGAAUAAAGAGGCAAAUAUGUUGUACUUGGAAUCACCUGCUGGAGUGGGAUUCUCUUAUGCUGUAGAAAAAUCGCCAGUCAAUGAUGUCACUACAGCUGGUGACAAUCUUGCUUUUCUUGAGAAAUGGUUGGAGAAAUAUCCAGAGUACAAGAAUAGAGAGUUUUACAUUACGGGCGAAAGUUAUGGAGGACACUAUGUUCCUCAGCUAGCAACUCUGAUAGUUCACUCAAAAGUCGAGAUCAAUCUGAAAGGAAUCUCAAUAGGUAAUCCACUUUUGGAAUUCGAUACGGAUUUUAAUUCAAGGGGGGAGUAUCUUUGGUCUCAUGGCUUGAUAUCAGAUGCUACGUUUGACAUGUUGAAUAGAGUAUGCAACUACUCAACUAUAAGAAGACAAGGCAACUUUAAGUCUAUCACCCCAACUUGCUCUCAUGUCGCAAAACAAGCUUCAAAAGAGAUUGGUAGUUUUGUUAAUGAUUAUGACAUCACACUAGACGUUUGUUUGUCAGAUGUUUUCUCACAAACACAAGUUCUUGAGCAGAAUCAGGAUAUAGAGACAAAGGUAGAUGUUUGUGUGGAGGAUGAGACUACUAAAUACUUGAACCGAGAAGACGUUCAAGCCAGUCUCAAUGCCCGCCUUGUGGGUGUCAAUGAAUGGGCCCCUUGUAACGAGUCUCUAAACUAUGACAUGAACAGUAUGGAGGAACCAAUGACUCCUGUGUUGGCCUCCCUUCUCAAGUCUGGCAUCAUGAUGUUUAUUUACAGUGGGGAUCAAGAUUCGGUCAUACCUCUAAUCGGGACACGAUUAGUGGUUAAUGAUCUGGCUAAUCAAUUAGGAUUGAAAAUUACCGUACCUUACAGGUCAUGGUUCAGUGGCAACCAGGUUGGUGGAUGGACACAAGUGUAUGAUGAUGUUCUAACUUUUGCUACUAUCAGAGGGGCGUCGCAUGAAGCUCCAUUUUCGCAGCCAGAGCGGUCGAUUAAUCUAUUCAGAGGGUUUUUAAGUGGGAAACCAUUGCCAUCAGAAGACGAAGUCAUGCAAAAGGAUAAGAACCAACAUCCGUCUUCUUUAGACUAAUAAUAAAACCUGUUUUCAAACAUUUUGUUGGCCUUUUUUAAAAUUUCGUUUAACCGAUGUUGUGCCAU